AUGUUUGUGAAAACAGUGAUCGCAGGUGUUGUAAGUGAAGUGUUGAAUGAAUCACGUGUGCAACAACAGAUGGAUACAAAGAAUAUAGACUCGGCAUCAAAACUGUCAUGUUUGAUGCAAUACUGUAAAGGUAAUGCCAGGAGGAUACUUAAUUGCUGUGAGACUAUGGAUCCAGAAGAUGGAUAUGUUCAAGCACUGAAAAUUUUAGAAGAAAGAUAUGGGAAUAAUUAUGAAAUUUCACAGAAAUGGAUACAGAGGAUUAUAAACAGACCUAAUUUAAAGGGACCCUCCGAGCUUAGAGAUUUUGCUGAUGACCUCAAGUGCUGUUAUCAGACUUUAAAGAACAUGGGUCAUGAGAAAGAGUUAGACAAUGCAGCUAGUUUACAGGCCAUCUGGAGGAAAUUACCGCAGUACUUGCAAGACAGAUGGUCUCAUGAAAAUCAUAUUAUAAAGAAAGAUCAGAAGCGAAUACCGAAGUUGAAGGACCUGGUCGAUUUCAUUACUGAUGGAGCAGAAAAAGCUAAUGACCCCAUAUUUUCUAGAGUUUCUUUCAGUGAGCUCAGAAGGGAUAAAGAAAUCAGUCUUAAGGGAGCUGAGAAGAGGAGAAUUGGAAGCUUUGCUGUGAAAGCCAGCUCAGUGAAAAAGCAGUUAGUUACAUCUGAGAAUAGAACACAGAAUUCUGACGGCUGCCCUUGCUGUGGACAAGAACAUUAUAUGACUCAGUGUUUACGAUUCAAAGCCAUGAAGAUUAAGGAUCGUAGGAACUUUGUGAUGUCAAAAGCAUUGUGUAUAAAUUGUUUUGCCAAGGGACAUAUAGGGAAAACCUGUCCCAGAAGUUUUGUAUGCAACAUUAGUGGAUGUGGCCUCAAACACAACAAGUUUCUUCAUAUGCCAACUAGACUGCAGGUUGGUUAUGUGGACAACACAGGGAAUCCAAUUCUAGUAUCAGAUCAGAAUAUAUCAACCACAUCAUCAUCAAUCACAACAAAUCAGAGCAGCCAUUAUGUUCGUACAUGUGGAGGUAAACUUGCUAUGCCAAUUGUACCUGCAAGAGUGUGGCGUCCAGGCUCUGAUGUCUACAUUGACACUUAUGCUAUGCUUGAUCCUGGUAGUAACGCUACUUACUGCAGUGAGUUUCUGUGCAAUCAUUUAGGAGUCCAAGGAACUAUGCAAUUUGAGUUAACCACACUUACACAGAACCGAAUGUCUGUGGAAACAACAGUAGUGUCUUUAACUGUUUCCAGUGUGACAGAUCAACACAAUGUUGUGCAGUGGCCGCACCUUAGAGAUUUGGAUAUACCAGAAGUGAAGGCAGACCAAGUGCACUUACUGAUUGGCCAAGACUCUUCAGACUUGUUGCUGCCAACUGAUGUCAAAAGAGGUAAACAGGGAGAACCUUUUGCCUUGCUCACACCACUAGGCUGGGUCAUAAAUGGACCAGUGAACCCUUUUGGUAAGUCGACUAAUUUUUCAUAUUUGAUACAGGCAAGUGUACCAUUGGAAGGUGAUAUGAAGAGACUAUGGGAGAUAGAGGAUGCCUUUGCAGAAGAGAAGGGCUGGUCAGUUAGUGACCAGAAAGCAGUUGACACAUGGAACAGUACACUCCAGGUGAUAGAGGGACAUUAUGCAUUGAGUAUACCAUUCAAGGCACAGCGACCUAGUUUACCUGACAACAAAUUCCUAGCCGAGAAGAGAAACCAGAAAAGUGUCGCUUUGUUUUUUGACUGUGCUGCCAAGUAUGGUGGCUCUUCACUCAAUGAUCAUGUGCAUCAGGGACCAGAUUUGACCAAUGGACUUGUUGGUGUUCUGUUGAGAUUCCGACAAGGAGCAGUGGGAUUUAUGGCGAUAUAG